AUGGCGACCUUGAACUUGUCCCAAAACGGACCCUCGAUCACCGCUAGCUACCAGAAGAUUGUCAAUUCCAAUCCCUCCGGUCCGGCGGCAUCCUCACCAACUUACGCCAUCUGGGCCGUCUUCUCUGUCAAGGCACCGCUCGCCAAUGCCUUCCAAGCCGACUCUGGGAAAGAGAGUGUGUUGAACGUGCAGACCACGGGAGAGGGCGAGCUGGCGGAUCUGAUCGAGGAAUUCUCAGAUGGGCGCAUCCAAUUCGCAUUCGUUAAGGUGAAGGAUCCGAACACGACCCUGCCGAAGAGCGUGCUCAUUGCGUGGUGCGGCGAGGGAGUGCCAGAGAGGACCAAAGGAUACUUCACAAGCCACCUCAACGCUGUAGCCAAGGUUCUACAUGGAUACCACGUGCAAGUCACUGCAAGAUCGGACCGAGACCUCACGCCCGAACUGAUCGUGCAAAAGGUGGCAGAUUCAUCCGGCUCCAAAUACAGCGGUGGAGGAGCCGCUCCGGCGCCGACUUCUUCUGGGCCGCCUCCUCCAAUUGCAUCGAAGCCUGUCCUACCUACAAAGAGCUUUGGUACUGCUGGCGGGUUUCAGCCUCUGGGCUCGCGUUCCCGUGGACCUGCACCUGGUGGACCAGUGGAUGAAGAUGGAUGGGGCGAUGAUGCGCCUCCGGUCACUAGGUCGCAAUUGGAAAAGGUCGCCCCGGCAUAUCAACCUACCAAAGUGAACAUGUCGCAGCUGCAGCAGAACUCUCAAGCUCCGCAGUUUCAGCCUUCGAACAAUAGCAAUGGCCAGGGCGCGGACGUUGUGAGUGGAGGAUAUCAGCCGGUCGGAAAGGUAGACAUUGCCGCGAUCAAACGGCAAGCCCAGGAGUCCGGUACAAUGCAAGAUAGUAGGCCUACAGUGACUAAGGGUGCUUACGAACCGGUUGGCAAAGUAGACAUCGCAGAAAUCCGCCGUAAGGCGCAAGCAGCACCUUUGCCAGCUCCUGUCCCUGCACCAGCGCAGUCAGCGACGGGCGAUGACGAGCGACCAAAGUCUCUUGCGGACCGUUCGGCUGCUUUCCAACAAUCUCAACCGUUGACCGAACUGCCAAAGCCAAAGGUUGCGAAUCGAUUCGGAUCAGCUGCGAGCACAUUCGCUGGCACUAAAGCGCCAGCGCCAGGAGGGUUCCAGGCGAAAUCUGUCGCAGCGGCCGCUCCGGUGGGGACUGCGAGUAAGACCUUCGCAGAUGAAGGAGGGAAAACGCCAGCCCAGGUGUGGGCAGAGCGAAAAGCACGAGAGCGUGGAUCAAGUGGUGCAGCAGACUCUGCUGCCUACGGUGCUUCGGCCUCGCCAAUGCAGAGUCAACCAAGUGGCGGCUGGCAGAGUGGCUACGGUGGUAAGAAGUGGGGUGUUCAAAUUCCCACCCGGACGGGAGGCAGCGCGACAAGUGAGCAACGCACGGGACAUGAUGAGCCCCCGCAAGAAGAGAAUGAAGUGCCAAGUGGUGGUGUCGGCUCAAUCAGAGACCGCUUCGCAGGGAAUGCCCCGAUGGGCGCCGCGCGUGAGCUAUCAGAAGCUUCCGAGCCGCCUCCUCUCGACACUGCCAGCAAGCCGAAUGCAGGCGGUCGUGGAGUUCCUCCCCCUGGGAUUCCUCAGCAAUCAGGUGUACCUGCACAGCAGCAUCAAAACUUGCCGCCUCCACCACCAAGACCGCAGCCGGACGAAGAUGAGGUAGAGAAAGAGGACGAGGAACAAGAUCUAGUUCCCCAAGGGUCUCCUGUACGGAUUGCCAUGCCGGUCGGUCGCGGCGCUGAGCCUGUCGAGCCGACGGAACCGCUGCCCCCACGACCCGUGCCAACAGACUCGAUUUCCCAGGCUAUCGACUCUCACAGGGAGCCCGAACCUGAGGCACAAGUGCAGGAUCACGACGCAGCGCGAGGCGCUGCCGAGGCGGCUGCCGUCAGUACUUUUGGAUACGCAGAGGACCCUCGAGGUGCUGACGGCUCCGGGGGCAAGGAAGCGAUUGCUCUGUACGACUACGAGAAAGAUGAGGACAACGAGAUUGCACUCCGUGAGGGCGAGCGCAUCACCAACAUUGACAUGAUUGAUGAAGACUGGUGGAUGGGAGAGAACAGCAGAGGCGAGAGGGGCUUGUUCCCCAGCAACUAUGUCGAAUUGACCGAGGGAAGCUCGGGCGACAGUGCACCACCUCCCGCACCGGCGGCCGUCGAUCCGCCGGCAGCUCCACCGCAACCCGCAGGCAGCGGACUGCCGACAGCCACGGCGGAAUACGACUAUGAGGCCGCGGAGGAGAACGAGUUGAGCUUCCCAGAUGGUGCGAAGAUUCACAAUGUGGUAAGUAUUAGCUUGUCGCACCGCUGCAGGAUAGGCGAGAGGAAGUGCUAAUGAAAUGCAGGAAUUUCCCGACGAGAACUGGUGGCAGGGUGAGUACAACGGUCAGGUCGGACUGUUCCCAUCGAACUAUGUGCGUCUGAACGAGUAA